UCAGGAUUACUUUAGCUAUUGCUGUUUGCGUUUUGUUUUGUAGCAUAUUUUGAGAUUAUAGGAUUUCGUAGCUUAUUGACGGUUUUGUUCGUAAGCGGGAGAAAUGGCUGACCUAAUUCGUCUUCGCCCUACCGCGUGGCUCUUUACGAUUCCAGUGGAGCACUUCGAAGGAACACGCCUCGGAAGAGCAAUGAUGAUGUAUACGGCUACUGUAGAAAUGGAUGCAAAAGAAACUGAGAGACAUUACGGGAUUGCGGCGGGGACGGCAGCGUCUUGGAGAGUAACAAUCGUGACGAAUGAGUCUCAGAUCGCCUCUUUCAAGAUUGACCCAGCUCUCAGCAAGCAUCAGCUUGUCAGCAAAGUGCCCCUGCGCGUUGAAGGCUGCAUCAGCGGAACAGGUGAACAAUUCGGAGAACCGUACAUAGUGAAUGUCGAUCGGAAUGGCUGGGAGGUGAAAAAGACGCUCACAUCGACCCGUUCUCUGUCGAUUCCUUUGGGCCACAUGUCUGACGAGUAUGAAUACUAUUACGCAAUUAACCCAGGGACGAUACUGUGUGUCAGACUGGCGUUUUAUCCCAAAACUUCUGAUGGCGGAUCGAAGGACCCUGUGCCGGCGUAUCAACAUCCUCUGGUAAAACGCUUCGGCGCUUUACUGGAGAGUGGACGCUUAGCCGACUGCAAACUGAUAUCGCGCGAUGGACAAGAGUUUGACGUCCAUCGUGCCCUGCUGGCUGCCCAUUCGUCGGUAUUUGCUGCCAUGUUCGAGAACAACAUGAAGGAGAAAUUGUCGGGACAUUGCGAAAUAAAGGAUAUCGAUGGUCCGGUCUUGAAAGCGCUCAUCAGGUUUGUCUACACAUGCACUCUGCAGGAGCUGCCAUCUGCUAGUCUACCGACAUUGUACGACGCUGCGGACAAGUACGAUAUGGAUGAUCUGCGGGUGCGCUGCGAAGAAGGAAUGGUUGCAUCGGUCAACGUGGAUAAUGCACUGCAGUACCUGUUGUUCGCCAAGGAUCGUGGUCUGCGGGAUCUGAAAUUGGCGGCUGCCAAGCUAAUCGGCGAGUAUGGCGACGAAAUCUGAGCUCCUGGAUGAGAAAACUGUGGACGCCACGUCGCCACCUUCAAAGGCCAAAUGCUGUCGAGUUGCUGGUUUUGUUUUAAUGGUCGCAGUUUCUAUGAUUGUCUUAUGUACGUAGAUAUGUACAUAUUCGUAUUUAC